CUAGGAUAUUAAAAAAUAGCAAUUAUAUAGCUUUAAGAUGAUUACCGAUGUACAAUUAGCUAUUUUUUGCAACAUCUUAGGAGUUGCUCUGUUUUUCUUGGUAUUCCUCUUCCACUACAUAAAUGCGAAUUAUACGAAAUGAAGAAUGGAAAACUGUGUCAUGCGAAGAAGUCUGUUUAAUGUAACUUAACCUAAUCUAUGUUAUUGCAUUAAUUGCGAUUUGUAUGUUUGUCAUAUUUAAUUGUUAAGUAUGUCCAAUAUGUUAUUG